UCCCAAGUCCCAACCUGCAAGUUUUAGACGUUUAAAACCUAAACCACUUAUAACCAAGCCGCUCCUUUUGUCCUUCCGUUUACAACCCACGGCAGAGCAGAAGUACCACCAAAAGCGCGCUGUCUACUUGCCCCUCAGAGAUCGUUGCGGCGAGCAAUGGCUUCCUUAUCAGCGGCGGAAGACCCAUCGUCGUCGCCUAGCAUAUACAUACCCGACGAGUGGGAGGCGGCCGCAGACACCAUUGCAUACGACUCCAACACCAGUCCGCCUCCUAUUGCCUUCAUUUGUGGCGCCAAAAACUGCGGCAAAACCACCUUCUCGCGUUACCUCCUCAACGUUCUUCUCCGCAGAUAUAAGAAAGUGGGAUACUUGGACACCGAUGUCGGGCAGCCUGAGUUUACUACUCCUGGUUUCUUAUCCUUGACAGUGGUUGACAAACUAACUGAAGAUUUGACGAUUCCCUGCUUAAAGACACCUGAGAGAUGCUUUUUCUUUGGCGAUACUUCUUCCAAGCGGGAUCCUACAUCUUACCUGAAGUAUAUAUAUGCACUCUGUGACUACUAUCGCAAGGAGCUCUGCACUGGUACUGAGAGUUCCCUAAAGAGAGGGUUGCCUCUUGUGGUUAACACCCCGGGUUGGGUUAAGGGUGCUGGUUAUGAUAUACUGGUGGACAUGUUGAAAUAUAUUGCUCCCACGCAUGUGGUCAAGAUAGAUAUUUCAUCGACAAAAAAGAAUCUACCGGCCGGUAAAUUUUGGUUAGAUGAAGAUGCAGACCAGGAGGUUAAUCUCAUUGAGAUCUGUUCAGCUCAUCAGAAUUAUAUCAAUAGACCGGCCCUAGUGAAAAAGGAUGCACAUCUUUUGCGGGACUUGAGAAUGAUGGCUUAUUUCAGACAGUGCUUUCCUAGUACCCUGAAUGUUACCACAAUCAAGGAACUUGCUAAUGCCCUUGCUUCUCACCCUCCUUACCAAGUUCCCAUAUCAACAAUUAAGAUAAGACAUCUGUAUUGCCAGGUACCUCAAUCAGAAGUCUUCUACAGUUUGAAUGCCACUAUUGUCGGGUUGGCAAAUAGUUCUGAGCAGGCAGGAACUCUACCAUGGUGUCUCGGUCUGGGCAUAGUGAGAGGAAUCGACACAUCAAAGGGAUUGCUAUACAUAAUCACCCCUGUUCCACAAAGCACACUGGAAAAAGUUGAUCUUCUUCUACAGGGAUUUGUCGAGAUACCUACUUGUUUGCUGCAGGUGACUGCUAUUCUCUGUGCAAGGAUGUAUGUCGCCUUACAUGUCUGCAAAUGUUUCGCCAGCAAGUUAACACUCCUGGUAGACAGCGCGAAGUCUAGCGACUCAUGGUGCACGCCUUACACCCUUGCCAACAGAAAUGAAAAGCUUAUUAUAAUGAGGAACUCUAGGUUGUAGCUAUUCUAAUUUCUAAGUUAUGAAUGAGAUUUCACAGAGCUCUAUUUUCAGGGCUCUAUUGUUGAGAAAUGGAAACUGAGACUAUUUACAGAGCUCUAUUUUCAGAUUCAUUAGGAAGAAAGGAAAGAGAUAAGAUAACCCACCUUCAUCAUCCAAGUCCCCCUCUCUUCCUUCCAUUAGAAAGCUUGUUUGUUGCCUAACAAUAGCAAAGUGCAAAACAAACCACCCAAAUUUUGAAACCCCCAAAAACUAAUUUUCCAUAAACUCACACCUUCUCUCUUUUGAGUUCUUCACCUCCUCUCUUCUUCCCCUCUAUCACAACCAUACACAGAGGGGAAGGAAGAAAAAAAGCAAAAGAGAGAUAGAAAACAAAAAAAGAAGAGAGAAAAAAGGUCAUGAUCUUGCUCUGGUAAUGAUCAUGAUCUUCUCUCUCACCACCAUCGCCCUCUGAGAGAAAAACCCAGAAGGGCAAACAAAUUUUAGAAAGCAAGAAACCAUGGAAACCAAGAUCCCCAAUGUUGCAACAACGAAGAGAACAUUCAGAGCCUACGUUGAACAGGAACUGGGCAAGUUCCCACACUUCAUAAUCUACGCAGUGUUAGAAUGGUUCUUAAUCCUGGUCCUCUUCGCCGACGGGUUCCUGUCCUUCUUCGCCAACGAAUACGCCGAGUUCUUCGACCUCCGGCUGCCAUGCCUGUUCUGCACCAGAAUCGACCACGCCCUCCGCCGCAGAUCUCACAGCUUCUACUACAACGACUCCAUCUGCGAUUCCCACCGGAAAAAGGUCUCCAGCCUGGCCUACUGCCACGUCCACAAGAAGCUCUCCGACAUCAGGAGAAUGUGCGAAGGCUGCCUCCUCUCCUUCGCGACGGGGAAAGAAUCCGGCUCCGACACCUACAAAUCCCUCGUCGGCAUCCUCCACAAGGACAUCGAGCUCUUCUUCGACGACGACGGCGAGGUUCAGCUCCCGAAACAACCGAACGACGUCGUCGUGGCGGCGGCCCAGGCCCACCAUCCCGUUCAUCGAUGCGCGUGCUGUGGAGGCCCAUUGAAAGGCGGGGGGAAACCAAAGGGGAAAACCCCCGGAUUCUCACAAGCUCCAACUCCGUCUCCGCGAGCGCCGCCGUCUCUCCGCCAUCUCGAGCUACCGCCGAUGAGAUUCGACUCGGAGAACAAUAAUAAUAAUACGGUGGACGAGAUAAGCGAGGAGCUGAGGACGCCUAGCUUCAUACGUGGGAACAAAUUCUUCGGCAUCCCGUUGUCCGAUUCAGCAACCGCGACUCCCCGGUGGGCGAUUCGGUGUCCCCCGAAGAAUCGGCGCUCGAAAGGUUUUCGAGCGCCGAAUUCUCCGCCGAAGAAGGCGGAGGCUGCGGCACCGGCGGAGAUCAGAGCGCCCCGCCGGAGCCGGACGGAGGGGACUCGAGGCAGGUCCGGCUGGACCGGAAGUCGCUGAUGGAGCUGUACAUGGAGCUGGACGAGGAGCGGAACGCGUCGGCGGUGGCGGCGAACAACGCCAUGGCGAUGAUCACCCGGCUGCAGGCGGAGAAGGCGGCGGUGCAGAUGGAGGCGCUGCAGUACCAGCGGAUGAUGGAGGAGCAGGCGGAGUACGACGAGGAGGCGAUCCAGCUGCUGAGGGACGACCUGAAGAAGAAGGAUCGGCAUGUGAAGUACCUGGAGAACGAGAUCGAGGCGUACAGGAUUCGGUACGGGGAUAUAGCGGAAGAUGGGUUUGUGAUGGAUGAGGUUGAUGAUGAUGGGGAGUAUCAGGAGAUGGAGGCGUCGGAAUCUGGUAGCCCGAGCUACAGCUAUGGCUAUGGCGGGAACAACAUCAUCAAUGGAGUGGACAGUUCAGGGAAGAGUCAGGUUGAGAAUGCAGGGGAUGGAGGAGGUUCUGUGAGGCCUAACAAGUUCGGCGGACUGCGCAGGCUGAAGCAUGUCGAGGUGACAUCGUCGGACGACGAGACAGAGCAAGAGAGCAGAAUGGACGCGAUAUCUCAUCUGCGAGCGAGGGUAAGAGCAUUGGAAGAAGAGGAUGAUUUCUUCAGAGAUGAUGACGACGAGGACGACGAUGAUGAUGUUACAGUAGGAGGAGGACUAGAGAAUGGAAGCGAGAAGGGGAAACUUCUGUCGGAGAUAUCGGAGAAUCUGCAGAAGCUUCGUCAGGACUUCAAUGCCUGAAAUGUGUGUGGUGUUUUUCAUGCCAAACCACGAAGCCCUCUUUUCCACAGUAAAAAGUAACACGAUUCCAGCCAAUUGUCUUCUCUAGCAGAGCAAGUAGUAAGAACUAGCUUUUCUAGCGGCGAGAAGCCUGCUGGACCUUCCAAACAGAAAUGAGAAGAACAAUCCACCAUUGCAAGUGAAGAUGGAAUCUUUUUCGAUACCAGAUUUCAUCAGAUGGUGGUUUUUAGCUUGUAGGAGAUUGAUUUGCAAAGGAAUGACUGAUAUUCUUGAGAAAAGAUUCCAUCUGUUAAAA